CACUAGGUCGGACAUCACUUGAAUUCAGCUAGCUAUACAGGAUAAUAUCUAGGAUCAUCGCUCGAGAUCAGAUCAGAGCAGGAUCAUUAAUCUUCAAAGAGCUGCUCCUAACACGUACACGUCACUGAUCAAGUGAGAGAGCAACACAUGAUAAAGACGGUGCCUCAGGGUGUUCCAGAGAAUCACUGGCUAGAACAAACCAAUACCUCAGACGAUAACUAGCUAUUGUCAGUUGAUGGGUGUAGCAAUGAGUCAUGAAAGUGCCUGCCCCAUAUGUUGCCACUCUUGUGUGCGAUGCUGUUGUCCUCACCUCCAUUCUGAUAAUUACCCACUGGCUAAAUACCAAUCUCCUAUGAAAGCAAGCACCACGCUCGAAUCACAGCAGUUUGAGCCUGUCCAAUUUGGGAAAUCGUUUGUGUUUCAUCAACCAAAAGCAGAGUAUAGUGUUCACCCUCAUGCAAGUGAUACUGAAGAUCAGUUAUCGGUGAUCUCAGAUCAACCGAAAGCAACACUCACAACCAAAGAACCAGCAUUCUUAGGAACUCGACCAAUGCCUAUCAUCUCUGGUACUCUAGCGACACUUGAGUUCUCUCUCUACUAUGAUAUUCAGAAAAACACACUCACUGUCCACCUUCUGCAAGCAUACAAUCUACCAGUCAAAUCUAGCAGCACAUGUGUGGUACUCUACCUACUUCCCAACAAACUAGAAGUAUUCGAGUCUCAGGUUGUGCACGAAAAUUCCAACCCUGCUUAUCAGCAAAUGUUCCAAUUUUCUAAUCUGUCUGGGUCAGAGCUACUACGGAGGCAGACAUUGAUGUUUAGAAUCUUUCAAUACUCCAAGUUUUCAUCUAGAGACUUGGUUGGCACAGUGACUAUGGAUCUAGCAGAUGCUGACUUGUUGGGAAUUUGCACAAAGAUGGAGAUAGAGAGAGUACCCAUUCCCACUAGAAAUGGCGUGUGUGGUGACAUACUGUGCUCUCUCACGUAUAAGCCUGAACAAAGCACCAUCCAAGGUAUUGUCUUACGAGUGGCCAAUCUGGGUGGAUCAGAACUGACAGGCACACGAGAUCCGUACAUAAAGGUACGUUUGCACCACAAACUUAUAAGACAAUACCAGUGGAAGUCCUCGAUAAAAAAACAGACAGUAAGUCCAAUCUACAACGAACAGUUUCAGUUUGAUGUCCUCCAGAUGAGUUUAGACAAAGUAACAUUAGAAUUAUUAGUAAUGGAUUACGAUAGAUUUGGACGAGAUUCUGUAAUUGGAUCUGUACAAAUUGGAGCCGAUGUCUCUGAAGACUCGUGUAAAACCCACUGGGAGGAGCUUGUCAGCACUCCUAGUCAUGCUGUUAGCCGUUGGCACAGUGUGACAUCUGUAAAACUAACUAGAACCUACACAUUGUAGCUGUUACGUCUUUUAUGCAUUGGCUGUACAUGUACGUUAAUUUCUUUGCGAUAUUUUUGAGCCAAUACUGUAUUGAUUUUAUUGCUUUUUACUAAGAUACGGUCCCAAAUGGACAAUGAAAUCAGUUUCUGUG